GCUUCUGAAGGCCCUAAGGUCUCAGUCUCGGAUCCCACAGGUUCUCCUCUCUCCCUGUCCCUCCAUGGCUCCCCGGGGCUGGGGCUGUUGGCGCUGGGCGGCGCGGCCGCGGGCCCGGCUGCUUUCUCCUGCUGCCACCCCUCUAGGUUUCCGCCAACUUCUCUCUACACUAGAGCUGGUCCCUCACAUCUGUGUGGUGGGCAGUGGCCCAGCUGGUUUUUAUACUGCCCAACACCUACUAAAGCACCAUCCUCAAGCUCGGGUGGACAUCUAUGAGAAGCAGAUGGUGCCCUUUGGUUUAGUCCGCUUUGGAGUGGCUCCUGAUCAUCCGGAAGUGAAGAAUGUUAUCAACACAUUUACCCAGACUGCCCACUCCUCUCGAUGUGCCUUCAGAGGCAAUGUGACUGUGGGUAGGGAUGUAUCCGUGUCAGAGCUUCGGGACGCCUACCAUGCCGUUGUGUUGAGCUAUGGGGCAGAGGAUCACCGGACCCUGGGCAUUCCAGGUGAGGAACUUCCGGGUGUACUCUCUGCCAGGGCUUUUGUGGGCUGGUACAACGGGUUACCUGAGAACCAUAAGCUGGCACCUAACCUGAACUGUGAUACUGCAUUGAUUCUGGGACAAGGGAAUGUGGCUCUGGAUGUGGCCCGGAUCCUGCUGACCCCAGUACAGCUCCUAGAGAAAACAGAUAUCACUGCAGAAGCACUGAGAGCGCUGAGACAGAGCCAAGUGAAAAGGGUAUGGAUCGUGGGCCGAAGGGGACCCCUUCAGGUAGCCUUUACCAUCAAGGAACUCCGGGAAAUGAUUCAGCUACCUAGAAGCCAGCCCCUUUUGGAUCCUGCAGAUUUUGAAGGCCUGGAAGACUUGAUCAAAGAGGCCCCCCGUCCACGGAAGCGGCUAAUGGAGCUUCUGGUACAAACAGCUCUAAAGCCACCAAAGGCUGAUGAGAAAGCUGAAGUCCCUCGAGCCUGGGGCCUCCGCUUCUUACGCAGUCCGCAAGAGGUGCUGCCCUCUCCAGAUGGAGGGCAAGUUGCUGGGAUCCGUCUGGCUGUCAUGAGACUGGAGGGCUCAGGUGAAAAUGCUCAAGCAGUGCCCACAGGGGUGGUAGAGGAUGUGCCAUGUGGACUGGUGCUUAGCAGUGUUGGUUACAAAAGUCUUCCAAUUGACCCCACUGUGCCCUUUGAUCCCAAGCUUGGAAUUAUCCCCAACAGGAAUGGUCGUGUGUUGGGGGUCCCAGGGCUGUACUGCAGUGGCUGGGUUAAGCGAGGUCCCUCAGGUGUCAUCGCCACCACCAUGAAUGACGGAUUCCUCACUGGCCAGGUCCUGCUCCAAGACCUUGAGGAGGGAGUGCUGCCCGUUGGCCCCAAGCCGGGCUACUCCAGCAUAGAGCCUCUACUCAAAAAUCGAGGAGUCCAGCCUGUCUCCUUUGAGGACUGGGAGAAGCUGGAUGCAGAAGAGGUGGCUCAGGGCCAGGCAGCUGGGAAGCCUCGGGAAAAACUGGUGGAUCCUCAACAGAUGCUGCAGCUGAUAGGACACUGACUCUUCAGUUCUGGCCCAAGCCCCAAAAUGUGGAUUGAGUGAUG